GCAGCUGGUGCGCAUCAGCUGAUGACUGCGCUGAUAUUGCGCGUCCGCGGGGAGGAGCGGCACCAGUCUGCGGCUCCUGCUCUCCCCGCUGCCUGCACCGCGACUCUGGAUGCCGAGCAUGAAGCUUUCGGGACUCCUGGCCGUGAUUCUGGCCCUCUGCGCCAGCCCUAAAUGUGCCGGGUCGUCUCACCCCAAACCUGCCUGCCGUUAUCCCCCGUCCCAGUGGUGCCGAUCACUGGAAAUAGCCAUAGAAUGUAAGGUGCAGAAACAGUGCAUGGAGCUCAGUGCCAUCAGGCCAAACCAGACCGUUCCUCCUGUCCAGCUCACACUGUACUACGAGAGUUUGUGUCCGGACUGCAGGGUCUUCUUCACCCAGCAGCUGUUUCCCACUUGGAUGAUGCUGCAGGACAUCAUGUCGGUUACUCUUGUGCCUUAUGGGAAUGCUAAGGAGGUUCUGUCAGCAAAUGCCCCUUUUGUUUGUCAGCAUGGAGCACCUGAAUGCAGAGGAAACAUGAUUGAGGCCUGCAUUAUCCAUUUAGCUGGAAACUCGCUUGCAUUUCCCAUAAUCAACUGCAUGGAAUCCUCAACACAAGUUCUUAAUGCUGCACAGCCUUGCCUCCAGCUCUACGCUCCGUCAGUGUCCUGGUCCAGUGUUGACACCUGUGUGAACGGCCAUGUGGGAUAUAAGCUGAUGCACGCCAACGCCGUCAUGACCAGAGCGCUGAGCCCUGCCCACACGCAUGUGCCUUGGAUCACUUUCAAUGGGGAAUACACUGAGGAGAAUGAAGACAAGGCAAUGUCUUCCCUCUUCCAUUUGGUCUGUGAGCUCUACAAGGGUGUGAAGCCUCCAGCCUGCACUGGAGCUCCUGUCAAACUGAGUAGAAGUGUCUGAACACCUUGAAGCUAACAUGUUUGUCACACAGGAAAAAGGUUGAUGUAAACUUGAUUAAAUCAGAUUUUUGUCCAGGAA